CAGGUGCAGCACGUUCUCGCCAGCACGGAAAACACCACCCGGGCGGGGAAAACCUGGUUCAAAAAGUUCAACACGAAACAGGCCGGGUCCCUGUCGCUGGAGGAACUGAGUUUGCUGAUCGAGGCCCUGAACCGGGACGUCGGGCUGCCGCCGCUGAACGAUCCGAAGUUGCUGGAGGCACUUUUCAACAAAUUCGACACGAACAAGAACGGGGUGUUAGAAUUCAACGAGUUUUUGAACCUCUAUGGAUGUGUCAGAGUUGAAAUCGACAAAGUUGAAAUAAUUUGUCAUGCAUAAAAUGGAUGCCAGUUGGAACCCAGUUUCCAAGUGGCGCAUGACAAAUCUCGGUGGUCCCUAAAUCCUGUUUGUCAUGCUGUUUAGGCAAAGAAGAGUGAUUUUCUCAUGCUACUUUAGCAGCUCGAGCUGUAACCCCAAACAGGCUUACAAUCGGCCUCACUUGCCUGCUCUGCAACACACGUACCUCGGGUCAUGCAUUUUAUGCAUUACAGAUUAUUUCAACUUUGACGAUUUCAAACCUGACGCUUCCAUAACCUCUACGCGGCGAUACUCCGCAGAGUGCGGGACCGGUACAUCAAGGCGGGCAUUCGGCGGGACUUUUUCAUCGACAAAAACCGAACGGGCCGACGGCCGGAGGAUUUCUACAAGACCCUGAAAAAGCUCGGCGAGGGGGCGUUCGGGCUGGUUUACCUGGUGGAGGAAAACGCGACGAAGCAGGAGCGGGUGCUCAAAGUCGUCAACAAGGCGAAGUCCGCCAUGCCGCCGGAGGAGCUGCAGCUGGAGAUUGACACCUUGAAGUCUCUCGACCACCCGCACAUCAUCCGGCUGUUCGAGUACUUCGAGGACUACAACAACAUCUACAUCCUGAUGGAGUCCGCCAAGGGCGGGCAGUUACUGGACGUCAUCGAGUCGAACUACAAGUCGGGCUACCGGCUGAACGAGCAGUGGAUUGCGACGGUGGUCAGUCAGGCGCUGCAGGCGAUAAGCUACGUGCACGCGCUAUUCUGA